CACCACCAGACCCACAUGCAGGUCCAAUUGGCAUCACUUUUUCUGAUGGCAGUGAGCAUGCAUAUGGUGCUGUGUUGUACCUGCGUUGGGAAUGUACUGAUGGUGUCAGUGUGAGGUUGGUUGAGUCUAAGGCCAAGCUGACUCCUCUUAACCGCAAUGGUGACCCCGUGAAAGCGGAGAUAUGCGGAGCAGUCUUUGCAGCCCGGCUAAAGACCUAUUUCCAGAAACAUUGCCGAAUCAAAGUUGAGAAGUGGUUCCAUCUCGUUGACAGUCAAACUGUCUUGGGUGCAAUACAGCGAGAGAGUUAUGGAUAUCAGACCUUCUUUGCUAACCGGGUUGGAGAGAUCCAGAGCAGCACUAAUGUCCAAGACUGGUGGUGGAUUCCAGGAUCAGCAAAUGUUGCAGAUAUUAUCACCAGAGGAGCAAGUCCUGCUUACUUAACCGAAGACUCAGAGUGGCAGUUGGGUGCAAGUUUCCUUCAACUUCCUGAUAGUGAGUGGCCAAAGAAAUCUGCAAAUGAUGUUGCCGUGCAAGCAAGAGACAAUGUUAUAAAAAUACAGAAGAAAACAUUUGUUGCUGUACUUACCCGAAGUCAGCGGAAAGAACAAAAUCCAAUUAGAGUCCAGCAUAAACUGAUCAUCUCUAGGAGGCCACCUGCAGCUGCGGUAGUCCAGCAACUAGUGGACGUGAGGGACUUCAGCAGUUUGAGAAAGCUGAUGGGAGUAGUUGCAUGGAUUUGGAGAGCAGCAAAAAAGUUCCUGCAUGUCAAGGUCACAGAUAAAGAAAAGUGGGAGGUGGUCCCUUUAUCUGGUGUCAUUACAGUUGGCGAAAGAGAAGAUGUGUUCAGAGAUCUAUGCCUGGCAGCACAAGAAGGUGUACAAUUUCCAACCACAACGACUGAUAGACUGGUUGUCUACAAAGAUGGAAAAAGCGGGCUCUUGAUGUGUGGUGGCAGAGUUCAGACUUUUAAGGAGGACCACAGAGCCGUUCCUCUGUUGCCUUUCCAAUCUUGGAUCUCUACUCUUCUAGCCCGAGCAGCACACAGUGAAGGACAUGAUGGAGUGGCAGGGACUUUGUUGCGUAUGCGGAAGAAAGCAUGGGUCAUCAGAGGACGAGUCAUUGCCAGAAAAGUUGUCGAUGAGUGUGUAUUGUGCAAAAAGGUGAGAGCGAAAACCUGUCAGCAAAUAAUGGGGGAUCUGCCUGAAGAAAGGUCUAGUCCAAGUGCACCAUUUCAGUUCAUAUCUGUUGAUUUGUUUGGCCCUUACCAGGUGAAAGAUGACGUCAAGAAAAGAGUAAGCAUGAAAGUUUGGGGUGUGUUGUUCUGCUGUAUGUCAAGUAGAGCCAUUCAUGUUGAACUGGCAAACACACUAUCUACAGAGAGCUUCAUACUUGCCUACCAGAGGUUUACGUCCAUCAGAGGUCAUCCCCAGAAGGUGUGGUCUGACCCAGGUACGAAUUUUAUUGGGGCAAAACCCAUUCUGCAAGAAAUGUAUGCUUACCUGAGACAGCAAGACAAAUUCUCACUUGAAGAGUAUGCUGCAAAAAAUGGGACUCAUUGGACAUGGAAAAUUCUUCCAGCCGAUUCACCACAUCGCAACGGCGCAGCUGAAGCUGCUGUCAAGAUCAUUAAAAGAGCGUUCCAAAGUCUUGGCAGAGUGGAAGGCCUUACCUUCAGUGAGUUUCUUACGACGGUUAAGCUAGCUGCCAAUCUAGCCAACGAAAGACCUAUUGAUGCUAGAGUACAGAGCCAUGAAGAUCGAAUCCAGUACAUCACUCCAAACACCCUGUUGCUCGGUCGAGCUACACAAAGUGGAGAUUUCAAGACAUUUGACUAUACCACUUAUCCCUUUAAAAGGCUCCGAGAAAUACAAACUCAAGUUGACUACUUUUGGAGGUCCUGGAGUCAACUUGCAGGUCCCAACUUGUUUGUUCGUGGCAAGUGGCAUACUGCUGAAAGAAAUGUUGCUAUGGGCGAUGUGGUCUGGCUCUGCGACCAAAACGCACUAAGGGGGCAAUUCAAGAUGGGUAGAGUUGUUGCUGUGAAUCCUGAUUGCAAGGGCAUAGUCCGGGAUGUUUAUGUGAAAGUGUCUCCAAGUGGGUAUAGUUCGGGAAAUACACCAAAACCUCCUGUGAAAUGUUCUGGAUUGGUGAAGGAGGUUCAGGGCACCAUACUCCAUCGGGACGUCCGGCGCCUUGUAGUGCUCAUCCCAGCAGAAGACCAAGUAGAGGGAACCAGCUCGCUUAAAAAAUGCGAUCUUCCCAGGUAAAACCUUGCAAGAUCGAGUGGGAGGUGUUGCGCAGAUCUGCUCAUUAGUUCAGAUGUGGGUGCAUGAAUAGACAUUUGUGUGUGCACACACACAUACACACAUUAGUAUGCCACUCUGCAGCACUUCUCAGCAGGUGAAAGAAAUCUGGCCCAAUCAGCAGCACCCUCAACUCAGGUAUAUAAGGAAUCCACUAACCACUUUACUGGUUUUGCAACAGAGCUGAGGAAGGCAAACACAGCCUCCAAAGCAGCAUUUCAUGGAAAAGGACUUAUAAGGACUACCGGUUUUUCACCUGUUCUGUUCAUUGGUUCUCACUCAUUGGUGAAAAUAAAAAAGAUUGAGUGAAUUCCUGAAGUCUUCAAGUCCUCCUUUUCAAGUGUAGGAAGCCAUGAAAUUAUAGGACACUUGACAAACACUUUGAAUUUUUUUCACUCAGUCACAUCUUCCACACUAAAGAGAGUUGCUGCUGCAAACUGGUGGUUUGGAGCAGAAGCAGCUA